GAAUCUCCGCCGAAAGACGUUGAAUACCUCGAAAAGCUGUCGAAAGAAGAACUCAACGAACUUUUGACUGCUUUUUACCCAAAUGCCAGGAAAAAGAAUGGCGAAAACUACAAAAAAUCUGCUCUUAUGGGUUUAAGGUUUGGUCUUCAGAGGCAUUUUCUACUUAAAAAGAACGUUGACAUCAUUGGUGAUCAAGAAUUUGCAAAAUCAAAUCAAGUUUACGAGGCAGCCAUUGUUGAAUUAAAACGGCAAGGUUUUGGCAAUGUCGAACAUCACAACGCAAUUUCGCGCGAGGAUCUCCAAAAAAUACAAUUGUCUUACAAUCCUGCUGUUCCUGAUCCAAAAAGCCUUCAACGAUUUGUUUGGUUCAACAUUAUGUUUCACCUAAUUCGUCGAGGAAGAGAAAACCUUCGACUUCUCACGAAGCAGUCGUUCGCCAUAAAGACUGACGCGACAGGAAGAAAGUUUGUUUAUCAGGCGGCUGACGAAUUAGAUAAGAACCAUAGAGGCCAUGACAACGCAGACGAUUCCCCAGGUGAAGGACGUAUGUAUGAACAAGACGGCCCAUUGUGUCCAGUGAAGGCAUUUGAACUUUAUUUAGCAAAGCUGAAUCCGAAACUAUCUUGUUUAUGGCAGAAGCCUAAAGCAAAGGAACAUUUUAAAGAGACCGACGAAGUCUGGUACUGUAAUGUUCCUGUUGGUAAAAACACUUUAGGUACUUUAAUGAGUCGGAUUUCCAAAGAGUUGGAACUUUCACAAACAUAUACAAAUCAUUAUAUUAGGACGACAGCCGUCUCGUUACUUGACGAGUGUAAUUUUGAAGCUCGUCAUAUUAUGCGUGUUACUGGGCAUAAAUCUGAGAGCAGCAUUCGCUCGUAUUCCAGACGACUCUCAGAGGUAAAACAAAAACAAAUUUCACACUCGCUCAGUAGUGCUUGCUUUAAUAGUACGAAUGCCAGUAGUUCUAGUGAAAUUGUGUCAGUAAACGAAGCAGAAGAAAUAGUUUGUACUGAGUCUGAAACUACAAAUUGCCCACAGUCACCUGUAUUGACUCAGAAUUUUGCCUCUCACAGCCAAGAAACUGUCAAUUUUCAUUCUGGAGCUUUUGCCGGGGCAAAUGUGACCAUUAUCUUUUACAAAAAGUGA